CGAAGACAGGUUAGGGCACCAUGUAAAAGAGUCCAACGAUGACCAACCUCAAAACCCCCUCUCUCUCCAAACAGAAACCUCGAGAAAAUCCUGUCAGGGACCAACCAUUACUGCCACACAGCCUUGUUUCCGUAUUUUCUUUUCCUGCGUAAAAGCAAUGAAUGGCGAUGGAAAGGGGGACGCUGAGGCCGUGAAAAUGGAGGAGGAGAUUAAAGGGAAGUUAGUGUAUAUGUGGGGCUACCUUCCGGGAGCUUUACCACAGAGGUCUCCGCUGACAUCUCCGGUUGCAGUCAGGGUUCCUCCGACCAUUGGCUCCUUCGGGGACUCCUGGAAGGAUGUUUGCGGAGGGGGUUGUGGGUUCGCCAUGGCCAUUUCCGAGUCCGGAAAGCUCAUAACAUGGGGCUCAACAGAUGAUCUGGGGCAAAGCUAUGUGACAUCCGGGAAGCACGGGGAAACUCCGGAGUGUUUCCCUCUUCCAACUGAAGAUUCUAUAGUGAAAGCUGCAUCAGGUUGGGCCCAUUGUGUUGCAGUUACAGAGAAUGGAGAAGUCUAUACGUGGGGAUGGAAGGAGUGUGUUCCCUCUGGAAAGGUCUUUGUAGAUCCAACAUUGGGGGGUUGCUACGAAAAGGAUGCAUUUGAGAGGCAGAGUUCUUUUUUGACAGAGCAAGUAAGUCCACCCUCUCAAGGGUCACGAUCAACUGGAGAAACUGUAUCCGGUAUUGAUGCUAGAGGAGGUGGAGAAGAAAAUACAAAACGAAGAAGAGUAUCUUCAGCAAAGCAGGCAGCUGAAAGUUCAUCAUCAGGUGAUGAAACUCUCUCGGCCUUCCCAUGCCUCGUAACGCUUAACCCUGGAGUAAGGAUAGCCGCUGUUGCUGCUGGGGGGCGCCAUACUUUAGCAUUAUCAGAUAUAGGACAAGUGUGGGGCUGGGGCUAUGGAGGCGAAGGGCAGCUUGGUUUGGGUUCCCGGAUACGUAUGGUGUCCUCUCCUCAUCCCGUACCUUGUAUAGAGUCCUCUCCUUAUGGAAAAGAUAGAUCCAUAUCACUCUCAAGAGGAAGCAUGAGUUCUGAGAGACAGGGUUUUAGAGUUCCAGGAAGUUAUGUGAAGGGGAUUGCCUGUGGAGGGAGACAUAGUGCAGUAAUCACAGAUGCUGGAGCGCUACUUACUUUUGGUUGGGGACUGUAUGGACAGUGUGGUCAAGGUGGUACAGAUGAUGAGUUAAGCCCAGUUUGUGUGUCUUCCUUACUUGGUAUCCGGAUAGAGGGUGUUGCUGCGGGAUUGUGGCACACUGUCUGCAUAUCUGCUGAUGGUGAUGUGUAUUCAUUUGGUGGGAAUCAGUUUGGGCAGUUGGGAACGGGUGCUGAUCAAGCCGAGACUCUGCCAAGGCUACUGGAUGCUCCAUGCUUGGAAAAUAUGCAUGCAAAAUUUGUAUCAUGUGGUGCUCGUCACAGUGCCUUAAUCACAGAGGAUAGGAAAGUUUUCUGCUGGGGAUGGAACAAAUAUGGCCAGCUUGGUUUGGGAGAUGUGAUCGACCGCAACAUUCCUUCUCAAGUCAUAAUUGAUGGCUGUAUACCUAAAAAUGUUUAUUGUGGCUGGUGGCAUACCCUUCUUCUCGCUGAAUCUCCCACUUGAAUUACUCCCUUGCUAGCGGUCUUGGCACAAUUUUGUAGGUAGCAGUUAUUUAGAUUGUUAACUUACUGAGUACUAUGUAUAUGUACAUACAAUAGCUUGUAUACUUGCACAUCUAUGCAUGUACUCAUUCUUUCAUGACUAACAUGUUCGCCAUUGCUGGCCCCUAUCUUUAACGCCAUUGCAAGAAGGAAAGCUUCGAUUCCCAGAUGUAUAGCUUUGUCAGCACAAUUGUGUAUAUCUCUUUUCAUUCAAUUUGAACUCUGAUGUAAUUGUGGGUGUAGAGGAAAAAACACAAACUUUUUUAUGUAAAAUCAGAUCCCUGCCUUUGUAAUUGAAAUGUAACUAGGUGUGUUUUCGGGUUUCUUCAA